AUGUCCUCUCCCAAAGUCUGGUUCAUAACGGGGGCGUCGUCGGGAUUCGGAAGAUUUAUGACAGACAACCCACAAGUCCUAUCUGAUCUUGCAGCCCGAUACUCAGCAGACAAGCUCCUCGUGCUUAAAGUCGACGUCACGAAGCAAAAAGACAUCGACGAAGCAUUCGCACGCACGCGUUCGGCGUUCGGACGGCUAGACGUAGUAUUUAACAAUGCGGGAUAUGCACUUAUCACGGAAAUCGAAGGCACGCCCGAUGAUACAGCGCGCGAGAUUUUCGAGACAAAUUUUUGGGGUGCGACAAACGUCAGUCGUGCUGCGGUCAAUGAAGCAGGCAAGGGGGGGACGAUUCUUCAGGUCAGUUCGGUUGGUGGGUUUCAUGCGCUCCCUGGGUUGAGUUAUUAUGCUGCGAGAAAACAGAUCUGCAUCGUCGAACCCGGGGCAUUCCACACAAACGGAAUCAAAGGGGGACUGGUGUUACCGCAACACCCAGCAUACGUCGACAAGUCCUUUGCGAGUUCCGUGGUGCGUCAGAUGCUAGAGGGUGCGGUUUUCGAAGGAGACGCGGAAAAGUUCACGCGGACUGUGUAUGAGGUCGUACAGGGAGGAAAGAUACCGCAGCGGUUACCCAUGGGUUUGGAUGCGCUUGAGAUGCUGAAUCUUAAAAUUGAGAAUUUGAAGGCAACUGUGGAUGAAACGAAAAGAUGGUCAGUGGAUUUGAAGAGAGCUGAUGGGGGAGUCGGGAUCCUCACACCUGUCUGAGUACUAUGCCAGUAGCUUUGGUGUUUGAGUU